AUGCCCUCCAAAACAUUUUCCUGGGUGUCAGCAAUUGUCCUUACGCUGGCCACACUUCCUGGACUCUCUGCUGCAGAUGUAGAGCGCCGAUGGAUACAUUUCUCAAGCGACGGCAUUUCUCUAGCAGGCCAUCUAUAUGUACCGACAUCUAACUCUUUGUCCAAACUUGCCGGUGCUAAACGCCCAGCCAUAGUGGUCGGACAUCCGCGUGGUGGAGUCAAGGAGCAAACAUCUGGCCAGUAUGCAAGGGAGAUAGCCGAGCAAGGUGGCUUCAUCACCCUUGCCUUUGACGCGGCCUAUCAGGGCGAGAGUGGCGGGUUUCCUCGGUACCUCGAAGACCCAUACCAGCGCGCGAAUGAUGUCAGGAAUGCUGUUACAUACCUCUCCACGCUAGACAUGGUCGACGCUGAUAAUAUUGGCGCCCUGGGUGUGUGUGCCUCGGGCGGUUAUGUUCCGUUUGCCGCUCAGACCGACAAGCGGAUCAAGGCCGUAGCCACGGUCAGCGCCGUAGAUCUAGGUAUUCUGAACGCCGAGGGCUUCGGCAGCUUCAACGGUCCGCUACUACCGAACUUGAACGCUCUACUGGCUGAAGCUGGUCGCCAGCGUACCAACGAAGGCCGCGGCGCUCCCUUCAACGAGACCCGGGUUGUCCCUCAUAACCCGAACGAUGUCCUGCCUACCCUCCCUGUUUUCUAUCAGGAAGCUCAUAACUACUACCGCACGUCGCGUGGACAGUACCCCACCUCGCCUAAUCUGAACCUAUGGCGCAGUAUUGACCUUCUUGCUACAUACCGCUCCUUCACCUUCAUGAAUCUCAUCUCACCCAGGCCUCUGCUCAUGAUUGCCGGUGGGGAUGCCGACACUCUGUACUUCAGCGAACAGGCUAUGGCCAUCGCCCAGGAGCCCAAGGAGCUUUAUAUUAUACCGGGUCUCACCCAUAUUGACCUUUACGACAAGACUUCCCGGAGCACACCCAAGCUAGUCGAGUUCUUUACUACUAACCUACAUUGA